ACUCCAAAAUUACAUCACUGCCACUGUCUUUAUAAUGGCCUCAUUGUGGCUGACGUGCCUCGCCGCCGGUUGUCGCACGGCGGUGGCUUGCGCUAUAAUUGCCGGAGCCACCAUGUACGGCCCGGCUUCUCUAUGCCGGGUUGUGACGUUUCCGGCAUUCUCUUACGUGACCGCCAUCUUGAUAGUAACGAACGCCACGGUGGGCGAUGCCAUCCGUGGCUGCUGGCUGGCGGUGUACGCGACGGUGCAGACAGUGUGUCCAGCCAUGGCGGUGUUUUGGUUCAUCGGACCGACGAAAUUCUCGUACGAAACGAUUGCUUUGACGGUGGCGCUGGCUUCGGUUGUGGUGGUGCUGCCGAGCUCCACCCAUGUGUUGGCUAAACGGAUUGCGUUGGGUCAGAUUGUGAUUAUUUACGUGGUCGGUUUCAUCGGCGGCGCUCAUACUCAGCCGCUCAUGCACCCUGUUCAAGUCGCCGCUUCGACAGCCAUGGGCGUCUUUGCCACUAUCGUCGCCACCCUCCUUCCCGUUCCCCGCCUUGCUUCUCUUCUGGUGAAAAAGAAGAGCGAAGCAAUGGUGGACAACGUGGCAGAGCGGUUAAGGCUAUUGGUGAAAGCACUUCUUGCUGACAGUGACACAGUGGCAGUAGGGUCCAUUUCUAAAGCCUCACUAUUAUCCACGUCAGCAACCAAACUCCUGCGGCCCAUAAAACAAUACCAAGAAAGCAUGAAAUGGGAGUGGAUACCACUGAAAAUAUGGCAAUUGGGAUGGCUAAGCAGCAGCCAAAGAUUAGAAGAUUUGGAAAGGCCCAUAAGGGGAAUGGAAUUAGCUUUAUCAACCAUACCUUCAUAUCCAAUUCAUAAUGAAGCUCUCAAAAAUGGCGUAAACGCCUUGGAAAAGCACAUAACCCAAGCUUUAAACCAAGCCAAUGCCUUUCCACACCUUGAUUCAGUGCAUACCUUCCCCAAUUCAAACCCAGAUGAGUAUCCAAUCAACAAUGUCCAAUCCAUUCAAAUCAACAAUCUUCCCUCCCUGUUCUUCGUAUUCUGCAUGAAACUCCUCCUCGAAAAAUCCCAAAAAGACCCUCAAAAACCGAAGAAAUCCCAAGAACAAAAACAAGAACAAGAACAAAAACGGCCGAUUUUGAGCUGCGAGAGACUAAUGGCAGCGCUAAAAUCGGCUGUUUCGUUGGGAAUGGCAGUGUUUUUGGGACUAAUGUAUAGCAAAAAGAAUGGAUUUUGGGCAAGUUUGGGAGUGGCUGUCAGCAUUUCUUGUACUCGAGAGGCUACGUUCAAGGUAGCUAAUGUGAAGCUGCAAGGAACCGUGGUGGGCUCUGUUUAUGGCCUUUUGAGCUUCGUUGUUUUUGAGAAGUUCUUAUUGGGGAGGCUUCUUUGCCUUGUUCCAUGCUUUGUUUUCACUAGCUUUCUUCAAAGAAGCAAAAUGUAUGGCCCAGCUGGUGGAGUCUCCGCGAUUAUUGGAGCUGUCAUCAUUUUAGGAAGAACAAAUUACGGCUCUCCUAAAGAUCUCGCCUUUGCUAGAAUCGUGGAGACAAUCAUUGGAGUAUCAUCUUCAAUCAUUGUUGAUAUCAUUUUACACCCGACCAGAGCUUCUAGAUUAGCUAAAAUUCAGCUCACUUCCACUUUACAAGCUCUUCAAAAAUGCAUUGAUUCAUUGAGUUUUCAAGGGGAAGAAUUGGAGAAAAGCUCCAAAGAUUUGGGAGUUCAUGUCGGUGAGCUGAAGCAGCUGAUUGAUGAAGCUGGGAUGGAACCAAACUUUUGGUUUUUGCCAUUUCAGAGUGGUUUAUAUGGAAAGUUGUUCGGAUCUUUGUCGAAAACGGUUGAUUUGUUUGCUUUCGCUCAUCGUUCGAUGCUCGAAAUCCGACAGAAUCAUUCGUCGUCGUGGGGGAAAAUCGGCGAGAAUUUAGCAGAGGACGUCGAGGAUUAUAAGGAGAGGGUUGGUGGGUUGGUGAGAUGUUGUGUGGAUGUGAGUUCAUUGGAGUCAUUGAAGAAGCUUGAGAAGGAAGCAGAGAAGAAGAAGACGGAUGGGUUAGAGGACGUUGAGAUGGGAGAAGCUGAAAGGGUAAUGGAAAUGGAGAAAAUGGCGAAGGAAAAGAUGGUUAGUUCAUUUGUGGAGCAUUCAGUGGAGAUUGUUGAGCAGAGAGGUGAAAGUGAAGCAAUUGUGAGCUUAGGUGCUUUGGCUUUUUGUUUGAACUGUUUGAUGAAGGAGGUUGAAGAAAUUGGGAAGGGAAUUAGAGAGUUGAUUCAAUGGGAGAAUCCUUCAAGCCAUGUUGAUUUCAAUGAAAUCAUGUCUAAGAUUCAUGUUGUACAAAAGGGUGUAAAGGGUUAAUUUAAAAGAAACGAUAUCAUUUAAUAAUAUACUAAUCCGUCUUGAGAAUC